AUGGUGGCUCGCCUCGCACGUCUACGGCUCUUGUUGACGGUGGUAUUGUUGUUGUUGUGCGGGAUCAGGUGCGGCGUCCGCGGCCAUCCAGCCCCGCUGGUUCUGGGGCUGCGACUCGAGGACCCCGGCGGCCCGGUGUGCAUGAGAGAGCGGGUCGUCUCCGCACCGCUAGGCGCCACCUUUAAGCUCCGCUUGUUUGGCUCCGGGCUGCUGAAUGGAAGCUGGCCGUGGGUGGCGUUCGCGGCGGCAGUUCCAGCGCAGGCCCAGGCGGCGGGGCGCGCGGCGGACCCGUGCGCGCAGGAGACGGGCCGCGAGGGCUCCUCUUUCCAGGUGCUGGGAGACUUCGGCGCCGACGAAGACAGCAGCGGGCUUAUCACCGUGCACGCACGCGCCCCCCCGCUGCAGGGCGGAGCGGACGCGACCCCCCCCGUUGACCACCACCUGUGCGUGUUGAGCGCUGGGCAGUGGGGUUCUGUGGGACUGGACCGACUCCGCGUCGACACCCACGACGUCCCGCCCGCGGGCUACAUCCCACCGUGGGGUCUGGCGGUGCUGGUCGUGGUUCUGAUCGUCGUCUGCGGGCUUCUGAGGAUGCUGAACUUGAGCCUGCUGUGGUUGGACCCCCUUGAGCUCUACGUCCUGCACAGCUGCGGUUCCGAGGAGGAGAAGCGGACCGCCAAGCGACUGGAGCCCAUCAGGAGGAGAGGGAACUUCCUGGUGUGCUCCCUGCUGUUCCUGUGUGCGGUCUGCCACUCCACGCUGGGCGUGCUGCUCUACCAGGCUCUGGGCUCCGUCAGCCUGGCGGUGUUCACCAGCGGCUUCAUCAUUUUCCUCCUGGCUGACAUGGUGCCACACAUAGUGUGCUCUGACUACGGCUUCCAGAUCGCACCAGGUCUGACCUGGCUGGCCCAGGUAUGUAUGAUAAUAACCUGCCCCCUGUCCUGUCCUCUGGGGCUGAUCCUGGACCUCGUGCUGAGAAGGGACAUAAGCACCUGUGGCGUGAGGGAGAGGGCGAUGGAGAUGAUCCGCGCCAGUGUCAAUGACCCUUACAGCGAGUUUGUGAAGGAGGAGUUCAGCCGCGGGGCUUUGCGUACGAAGACGGUGGAAGACAUACUCACUCCGCUGAAGGACUGCUUCAUGCUGCCGAGCACCGCUGUCCUAGACUUCUCCACCAUGUCUGAGAUCAUGCAGAGCGGAUACACCCGUGUGCCCAUCUAUGAAGAAGAGAGAUCGAACAUUGUGGAGAUCCUUUAUGUCAAGGACUUGGCUCUGGUGGACCCAGAUGACUGCACUCCUAUGACCACUAUCACCAAGUUCUACAAUCACCCUCUGCACUUUGUCUUCAAUGACACCAAAUUAGACGCCAUGUUGGAAGAGUUUAAGAAAGGCAACUCCCACCUCGCCAUUGUCCAGAAGGUGAACAAUGAGGGGGAGGGAGAUCCCUUCUACGAAGUGCUGGGAUUGGUCACCUUAGAGGACGUCAUUGAGGAAAUCAUCAAAUCAGAGAUUCUGGAUGAAUCUGAUGGCUACAUGGACAUGAAAGUAAAACGUCCAUUAGCUCCCUUGGAGAUUCCAAUGGAACCUCAAAGUUUCCAAGAAGAAUUUUCACUCUACAAACUCCCUGAUGGAGCGCCCAAGAUCCGUACAUCCCCACAACUUCUACUGGCUACACACCGCUUCUUGUGCAGAGAAGUGGAGCACUUCAACCCUGGGCGUGUGUCUGAGAAGGUACUAUUCCAACUUCUUCGUCACCCCAGUGUCAACCAGGAAUUGCACUUUGACCCCUCCAAUCGCCUGAGCCCAGACCAUUAUCUUUACACACGCAACCACCCUGUGGACUACUUUAUUCUUUUGCUACAGGGGCGUGUGGAGGUGGAGAUCGGCAAAGAGGGACUGAAGUUUGAGAAUGGGGCAUUUACAUACUAUGGCGUGUCUGCUCUUACAGCACCAUCUUCAGCGCACCAGUCUCCAGUGUCAACCCAGCACCAGUCUCCCAGGGACCCAUUUGAUUUAGGAGAAGCUACAAGCCCGUCCAGCUAUUGUCCUGACUACACUGUCCGAGCUCUAACGGACCUGCAGCUCAUACGGGUGACACGUCUACAGUAUUUGAAUGCCCUGAUGGCAUCCCGUGUGGCUCAGAGUCCAGAUCCUCCAGAGAUCACCAUCCUGCCCAGCAGCCAGACCAAGCUGCUCAACGACAGAAACACCAUGCAAGGUGGCAGUAAAGCCCAGCAGAGUCCUAUGGAAGAGGAGGCUCAUGGGUAGUGCAAUUCUCUCUGCCCUCUGUUAAAACCCACUCCAACCCAGCAGAGUCUGUUGUUCUGGUUUUAUCUGUACAUCGUCUGGCCGGAAUGUAACGGUUUGAGGAUGGAGUGAGGGUGGUGGUCUAUCUGUUUCAAUGGCAUUUGCAUAUGUGAUCUUCUCAUCUCCAUAGGCAUUCCUCUUAUGUUCUCUUAUUGCAGGUAUGUUAUGUUGUUUUUAUACACUUUGGGCGAUAAUGUGUAUAUACUUUGUUUUUCUUCUUUUAGUGGUGCCUUUUUUUUUCCAAUUUAACCUUACUUACUAAGUGUUUCCAUGCCCAUUCUCCAUUUUUACCUGAUUGGGUGCCAAAGCUGCAUGUGUUAUAGAAUGAAAUGUGUUAUUUUUCUUCCAGAAUCCGUCCAUAGAGACAAUUAACACAAUCUUCCACUAAAAAAGCUUAAUUUGCACAUAAAUUUGUGCACUGCUGAUAACUUGAUGCUGUUUUAUUUUCUGCAAGGUACGUCCAGCUGGUGAAUUUAUAAGCCCUCACGUCAAAAUGUCUGUACAAUAAACCGUCGUAGUUUUGACCCCCGGUUUGUCAGUAUCAAUCGAUGCCUCACGUGACG